AUGUUUGAAUCAUUAGUUAGAUCAGGAGGUUAUGUUUGGAAAUUCACUUCAAGAUUAACCACUACACAAAAAUAUAAAUUACGUAGUCGAAUGAAACAAGUUGAUGAAAACAUCAAGAAUAUUUAUCAAGGAUUAAUUGCCAUGGAAAAUAAAUCAAUGGGUGAACCUACAGGAUUGAAAAAAAUUGAUUAUUUACAAUUUGAAUUUCCUAAAGAAAAUGAAAUGACUACAAGAGAUAAAUAUACUACUUUUAAUAGACAUUCGAAAAAUUAUCGUAAACCAGUUCAUCGAGUGCCUAAAUGGACAAAAUUAUCAUUUAGAGAAAAUCCAAAAUAUUUUUAA